GCACUGUCCCUCUCUCUCUCUCGGCGCAAUCCAUCCAUUAUUCUCUCGCUCAUUCCCCACUCCCUCCCCUCUCUCUUCCCCCCCUCGCUGCUGCGCCGCCGGAGACGAGCUGGUGCGCCGCUGCCGUGUCCCGGGGUUCCGCUCCCUCUCCAUCUCGCCUCCUGCUUCAGCUUCUCGGUUGGCGCUUCAUGUGGUGGUCCUGCGGUAGGCUCCGCGGGGGCGGGGGUGCUCCUGGACGAGACGCGCUGGUUCGGUGUGGCUGGUUGGUUGGUGUUUGGAGAUGGGUGUGAUUUGACUGGAUUUUGCGGAGGUUCAGGUUUCCGGGGUGUGGUUUGGUGCUUUUGGCGGCGGAAGAAGGCCGGAUUUCGGCGCUGAUUUGGCCGUUUUGUGGAAGGGGAGGUGCGUGUUUGGUGCUCUUUGAGGCCGAUCUGGCAGGGUUCGUGCCGGGGAGUUAACUGUUUUUUCGCGAUUUGGAGGAGUAGCUGUUGGAUCUUUGCAAGGUCCUUUUUUCGUGGUGGUAAGCCAUGGGGCUAGCGCCGCCGGAGCUGGGGCAGUUUGACGGGUGGGAGAGUUCUGGCGAGGAGGAGCGGGAGAGGUGGGGAUGGUGCCGGCGCAACCGCAGCAACAGGCGGCGCCUUCCCCGGAAGGGCAGUGAGGAUGCAAGCGUCACCACUGGGUGCUGCAUCCGGCUGUGGCCUAUGGGGAGCUGCCCACCGCCGCCACGGUCCAAAGGCGACACCUCCACUAGCAGUGCCAGCACGCACGGUGCAGAAAAGUCAACAGAAAAUGGUAGCAGGAACCAGCCGGUUGCAUCAGUAGUCUCAGGCUCGACAUCCACCAGUAAUGCCGAGAGCAGUUCAUCAGCAUCUAAAGCUGGAGAGGAAAUAAAGGUUUCCUCUCAGUUGCGCAAGUUUGCAUUCAAUGAUCUAAAAUGUGCCACCCGGAACUUCAGGCCCGAGAGUCUUCUUGGUGAAGGGGGUUUUGGGUGUGUGUUUAAAGGCUGGAUUGAGGAGAACGGAACUGCACCCGUGAAACCUGGUACAGGUCUUACAGUUGCUGUCAAAACACUCAAUCAUGAUGGCCUUCAAGGGCACAAAGAAUGGGUGGCAGAAGUUGAUUUUCUUGGUAACCUUCACCAUCCCAAUUUGGUCAGGUUAAUUGGAUAUUGUGUUGAAGAUGACCAAAGAUUGCUGGUAUAUGAAUUUAUGCCUCGUGGAAGUUUGGAUAAUCAUCUGUUCAGAAGGUCUCUUCCUCUCCCAUGGUCCAUUAGAAUGAAGGUUGCUCUUGGGGCAGCACAAGGUCUUUCUUUCCUUCACGAAGAAGCAGAAAGACCAGUCAUUUAUCGUGAUUUUAAAACAUCUAAUAUACUGCUAGAUGCGGAUUACAAUGCCAAGCUCUCAGAUUUUGGGCUUGCCAAAGAUGGACCUGUAGGUGACAAAACUCAUGUGUCUACUCGAGUAAUGGGGACCUACGGAUAUGCAGCUCCAGAGUAUGUCAUGACAGGUCAUCUGACAUCAAAGAGUGAUGUCUACAGCUUCGGUGUGGUGCUACUAGAGAUGAUGUCGGGACGCAGGUCAAUGGACAAGAACCGCCCAAAUGGCGAGCACAACCUUGUUGAGUGGGCGCGGCCCCUCCUAGGAGAGAGACAACGUUUCUACAAGCUAGUGGACCCUCGGCUGGAGGGUAACUUCUCAGUCAAAGGUGCCCAGAAGGCAGCACAAUUAGCGCGUGCCUGCCUGAGUCGGGACCCCAAGGCUCGGCCUCUGAUGAGCCAGGUGGUUGAAGCUCUCAAGCCGCUGCUCAACCUCAAGGACAUGGCCAGCUCCUCGUACUUCUACCAGACGAUGCAAGCAGAGAGGAUGGCGCAUUCGAGCAGCUUGAAUGGCAGGAGCAGCCAUAGCGCCAAGGCACAUGGCUCGUUUGCCCGGGCAAGCGGGCAGCAACCAGUGAGGAGCAUCUCUGAUGGCCCCCGUGCUUCGCCUUUUCGCUACUCACCAAAGCCGAACAUGAAAUGACUAGAUUAGUGUGUAGCAAUCCUGGUUGGGGCUUAAAAUGUCAGAAUCGGUUCCGGGAGGUGGAACUUGGAUCGGGCGUCGUGGCUGGUGAACAUCAUUGUUGUACCAUCUGAUAUCUCUGUCGUGUAGAUUUGACAUGUGAAGGAUAUAGGUGAAAGAAAAAGGUGAUGAGAUUUCCCUUGUGGAUGAAAUGUGCUGAAGCCUGAAGGUUAAUCUUAGCUAAGUAGCUGGACGCUGACGUUAGACCGUCCCCCGGAAGUAAGAAGCCAGUUUGAGAGUGCUGCUUCUUUUGCAAGCACAAGAGCUAGUGGUGUUCAAAACGGUUUCUGUGAAACCGUGAAAAACCACCUUAUACAAAUUGUUGAACUAGUUUCGUGAGCUUGGUUAGUAACCGAAGGAUUUGUACUAGAGCAGGCAUGCCGAGUUUAGACUUGUUUGUUUGAACC